AUGAUAAGCCUAUUUGUGCUUUAUCCCGCCUUGCUUGCAGCAAUGUGUAUUGAAUGUUUCCUCUAUGGCAUAUUCUUCGUCCUCUCUGUUGUGUCUCUCUACUUGCUUAUUAAGCGUUCUCGCAACCUCAAUGACUCCCGGCGGUGGACACCAAUUACGACUUUCAUGGCCAUCACUGUUCUAUUAUUUCUUUCUAACACAAUCCACUGUAUCUUGACGGCCAUUCAAACGUCUACGUUAACUACUCCUCCAGUGCAAUUAGCUCUUGUCCAACAAUCCACAAUAGCUGGUGAUGCUAUGCUCAUGCUUACUGCGAUCGUGAACGACGCUGUUAUCACAUAUCGGUUGUGGAUUGUAUGGUCCUACAACAAGCGUAUUGUUAUCAUCCCCCUGUGCACUCUUGUCGGUUUGAUAGUGUGCGCAAUCUUGAUUGUACGCAAAGAGAUGCAGCUCCUUCCCAGCUUCGAUUUCUCAACACUGGGUACCUGGUCAUUGAACAGUCAAGUAUACAUUCUCUGGUGUGUUUUCACUCUUUGCACAAACUUAUACUGCACGACCAUGAUCGCAUGGCGCAUCUGGCGCAUAAAUUUCGUGAUUAUAGAUCAUAAAUCCAGCAAACUUACGUCUUUGCUUACCAUUCUCAUUGAGAGCGCCGCUGUCUACACAAUCUGGGUGGUCUUCUUCUUGGUCACCUAUGUAACGUUGGACGAGCUGCAGCUCUUCAGCUACCAGACUCUCUCUGUGGUUGCAGGCAUCUCGUUCAUGUUCAUUAAUGUCCGUGUAGGGAUGGGCUGGGAGCAGACUCAGGCGCCGCAGACGCUUCCUACAUCUGCGACCUCAUUAGCUACGGCCGGGACACCCAGCGAGUUAUAUUCGAUGCCGCCCGUGGCCGUGAGCAUCGUGCAUGAGGUCGACAACGAUGACAGUUCAAAGAAGCCCGCCUUGCUUGUGUCUUCCAGUGACACGAGUGUGCGUGCGCGGCAGCAUUGA